AUGCCGGACAGUCGCCACAUGAGAGAUGCGGGUGAAAGAGAGGCAUCGGUUUGGUUGGUCAAUUUGGGCUGGCGUGAUGUCUCGAUCGGCCACGGUCGACACCGGGACCAACUUGUAGAUCACAGGCGCGCACAUGUACGAGCAUGCGCGUGCAUGUAUGGGAGUGCGGUCAACUCCGUUCCCCAUCAAGAACGAUCAGUCGGUCUUUGUCGCCCAUUCGAGUGCGCGCAAGUUGCUUGGUGUGGCUGGCAUGGGACGACCAGUGAACAUGGUGUGUGGGAGGCGUCCGUUCGGCUACUGAUCAAUGAGACGGAUGGAGGACAUGUGUGA